AUGGCACGCACUAAAAAGAAAGAGAAAGCUGCACGCAUCCAUAAGAAACCUCCCCACAAGGGCACAACCGCGACGUCCAUGGGUACUUCCACCAUCAAGAAGCAGGCUAGGGUUGUCAUGACUCGCAAAUCAAAGAUGGUACCCCUGCCACCGAGACCCCUCGCACAACCCAUCGGGUCAUUUGUAAUCCCUACUAACCGUGCCGAAAUGAUCUUGGACGACUAUUCAACUAACCCUAGGUCCUAUAUCACCUACGGCGCACCGGAGGAGGCACAGGUCCUCUAUCCAGACCACCAGCAUGCGUACGCCACUUGCAGGGUGCCGGUAUUCAAGGGCGGGAAACCGAUAGGGUUUGUCCCGCUCCCCUUGCCGUACAGAGGCCUUUGGCUAGAUUUAUGCUACCACAUUGUGUUGUAUGCCAAAGUUUGGGCACUUUGGAACCGGGAGACUCAAAGGGGCAUGCAGAAGGAGAAAGACAUGGCGAUCAUUUGCAGAAAGAACUGUGGGACGGUACUCGUCACCCACAUGCAAGCCAGGCUGCUUGCGGUGGAUCACUUGGUGGCAAUGCGCCACGACGUACAGCCCGGAGCGGAGCGUGUCGCAGUUCUCGAUGAAUGGAAGGUUCGGAACCUCCGCGACUGGUUGAACAAGGAUUAUGCAUUCGCCAGGAACGAAGGACGAGAAUUCUUGGAUGCGGAUCCCCUCAGCGACGAAAACAAAGAUUUUUUUCAACGGGGCUGGGUGGUAGACAAACGGGGCCUAUAUUUGCUGACGCCCCCUGAGAACACGAACGAGUGGAUCAAAGGCCUUCCCGAAGGGUUUCAAAAGACGUUUGACACAAUCAUCAAGCCGCAGGCCUACGCAGAAUUGAAGAAGCCCAGCGAAUUUUUUGACACAUGGCAUGAGGAGGGGGCAGAGUUACCACAUCGCUGGCAUGAGGGGCAUCAACCUUCUCCACUUUUCUGGUCUGCGAAGCAGUGGAAGUGGAUGGCCGACGGAAACGACAUCCAGCAGAAACCCCUCAGCCUUGUUCAUCAUGUCUUGUCCUCGGACGAACAGUACACAGAAUUCGAGGACUUCUUGGCAGACGUGAACUCUAUCAGCAUCAUUCUUUGCCGGGAACCACAGUGGGGUGAAGUGAAGAGGGCCGCGUUAGGGCUCUGGAUGGGAGAGAUGUCCUGGAGGGAAUUUGUGGACGAGUUCAAGAGGCUUUGGGGAUUGAAGGGGAGGAUCAUUGGCCCUUGGCGGACAAAGGGUCCGGUUUUCUCGUCAUUCAAGAUAUAUCUCAUGUUGACGUUUGGUUCCGUUACAGAUGAAAAAAACCCUUUCGAUACAUUCGAAUCUCAGUUGCUGCUUGAUGGAUACUUGCAGCGGGGGUACGAGAUGCCAGAUGACGAAGAUUGGAAUCUUCAAGACCAGAUCCUGUGGGAAGGCCUGCGUAGAAAUGGCCACAUUGGAGACUACGCUGCGGGCUGGCAUUGGGUAGUGAGCCAGGUUGUUUUAGUUGGGACGACUGUCAAGGGUGUGUUGAAGGACGCAGGGCCUUGGUGGCAUAAUUUCAGGCGUAACCAAGCGAAACGUGCGUCGGAGGUCCGCGAGGGUCAGGAGAACCAAGGCGAGCAGCCCAUGGAUGUCGGUCACUCGAACAACGGUUCAUCUGGUCAACAGCGGACUGUCCAGCAAGGAGAAAGUCAUGGGCCUGCAGACCAGACGUCUCAGCACAGCGGUGAUCAUGUUGGGGAUCCUCCUGCUGAGCUUGCUGUUGCCCCUAUGCACUCCGUAGAUUCAUCUCCUCCUGCUCCUCCUGCUCCUCCUGCUCCUCCUGCUCCUCCUGCUCCUGCUCCUGCUCCUGCUCCUGCUCCUGCUCCUGUUCCUCCCCCCCCCUCUGCCCCUCCCCAUGUUCCAGCUAGACAUGGUACUGCCAAUGAGGCCAUAGUAGAUGAAAAGUUGCUGCCUGUCUAUAGGGGUUUGGCUGCAUAUGUUAGGCAAACGGAUUCCUUGGAGGGGUAUGCAUCAACUCUCAAAAACGCCUUCUCUGCCCCCGAGUAUGGCACCGCCAUUGACGUGUACCUCAAGGAGCUUGGCGCCGUCUCUUUAGAAGGCUACACAGCCAGGCACUUCCGACCGCACGUCCAAUCGUUGGUCUCGCAGAUCAACGCCAUAGGAGCCAGGUUGGAGGCCAAUGAGAGGCGGAAGGCCUUGCUAUGA